CCAAAGAAAAAAAAAAUGGCAUCAUUUAUGAAAAAAUUUAUUUAUACAAUUGGAAAUAAUAAUAUUUCUUUGUUAAAUAAAACAUCAAUAAUACCAAAUAAUUAUAAACAAUCGUGUAUUAAAUUGAUGACAACAAAUCGUUUAUCAUCAACACAUUCUCAAAUAUCUAAAAAUAUUGAAUUAAUAUCAAAUUCAUCGAAAAAUGAUAGAAUACUUAUAAUGUUUUGUUGGCUUGGUUCGAGAAAAAAAGAAAUUGAUAAAUACACAAAUUUAUAUCGUGGAAUUGGUAAUUUUGAUAUUGUCACUGUCAAAGCAUCACCAUGGCAAAUAAUGUGGCCAAAUUCUACAAAAGGUUCUCAAUCUGUUACAAAAGAUUUAUUAAAAUUUUUGGAUAAACGUACUAAUUAUGAGCAAAUAUUAGUUCAUGGAUUUUCUGUUGGUGGAUAUUUAUGGGGUGAAUUAUUGCAACAUAUUAAUAGUGAUCGUGAAAAAUAUAAUUAUCUUGUUGAUAAAAUUGUUGGACAAGUAUGGGACAGUGUUGUUGAUGUUAAUGAAAUAACAAUUGGUCUUCCAAAAGCUGUUUUUUUUAAUAAUUCAUUUAUGGAAAAAUUACUUCAAAAAUACAUGGAAUUUCAUAUGAAAACUUUUUAUAAACAAGCAACACAAUAUUAUAUUCGUGCAAGUCAAUUUUUUUUAUCAAAUCCAGUUAAUGCACCAGCAUUGUUUUUAGUUAGUAAUGCUGAUCUUAUUGGUUCAGUUUCAAGUACACUACGUGCUAGAAAUUCAUGGAAUUCAAUUGGUAUACCAUGUUACGUUCAUUGUUUUGAGGAUUCACAUCAUGUUGGCCAUUUUAGAUUAUAUCCAAAAAUAUAUCAUCAAGAAAUUUGUAAUUUCUUAGAGAAAUUAAAUUUAGUUAAUGAGGAAAAAAAUAUAUCAAGUAUUAAAAAUUAAUGAUGAAAUUAAUAUGAUGCCUGGAAACCAUUAAAAAAAAAAAGCUGUACUUUUCCGUUAACAUAAUCCGUGUAUCUUGGUAAUAUAAUAUUCAAUAUUUUUUUUUUUUUAACAUGAGACUGGCCACACCCAGAAUAAACCAAAGUGUUUUUUAUUUUAUAAAAUUAUUUUAUCAGUUAAUGAAGCAACUAACAAUCAGGAUAAAUUAAAGUCAAUUAAAAAUUAAUAAUACGAAACAAUAGUUAUGAAUAAAUAAAAAGACAAAGCUCGUUAUCGAUGAGUAAUUUAAAUAAUACAAUAUACAUAUGAAUAAUUGAAUGAAAAAAUAUUAUUAUUAUCUUUAAAGUCUAAACGAGCUCUCUUUUUUAUUAUAACUUGCAUGCCAAAGAAUUAAAAUGAAAUCAUUCUUGUUAAUAACAAAGAGUUUUGUUAAUUUUUUUAAAUGCCUUUUUGGAUUUCUUUUUGGACCUUUAAAAUUUCAAUCAUUUUAUCUAUUUAUUUUACUUAUUAUUUAACUGAAAAAAUAAUUUUAUCAGCAAGGUUCAAUUAUUUUAAACUUUGUGUUUAAAAUUGCAUGACUAAAAUUAUUUAAUUUCUAUUGAUAGCGUGCUUCGAAAACGAUGCAUUCCUUUUUUUUUUUUUUUUGUCAUUCAUUAUAAAAUAAUAGUAAUUAUCAACUCUAUUUUAUUGUUAUUUUUUUUUUUUUUUCGCUGGUUUAUUGAAUAUAAUUUACAAAUACUUGUAUACAAUAAUAGGCACAACACCAAGACUUUUCUUAUAUAUAAAAAAAUUUAUAACACAAUUUAUAAUACUCGUAUUAAUUUAAAAAAAAAAGAAAGUAAUUAUGUAAAUUUAGAAAAUCACUGAUGCCUUUUAAAUAAUAUGAAAUUUUUAAUAUGUAAUAUCACUUGCAUUGAAUUUUAAAUUUAUAUAUAUUCAAAAAAAAAAAAAACAAAUUAUGUUUAUUUUAUUUGUUGUUACUUGUAAUAUGAAAUAAAAAAUUUAUGUAUUUUGAUGAAAUUGAUUUAAAAAAAUAAUAAAAUAAAUAUUUAAUUAACUGAUAACUGAUUUUCCUAAUUAAUUUUCGAGACAAUUUUCCACACUGUAAGAUUUCUAAUGAAUUUCUUAGAGCGCUUCCAUAGAAAUGGUUCAUGUAGGUAAUUUCUAACUUCUCCAUUUCGAAAUGGAACAAUUUCGAACAAGCCGGAGAAAUAUUUUCAUCAGGAUUAGACAAAUUUUAUUCAUUUUUAAAUAAAAAAAUCGAUUGCAAUGUGAUGUCAAAUUAAUUCUUAUAUAUUUUACAUGACUAAUUAAUACUAAAUCUUAAAUUUAUAGUAUUAUUUUUUUAACUUAAAGUCUAUUGAUCAUAUAAAUAUGUUUUCAACGGGCACGUUUGUUAAUUUCAACUUAUUUUUAAAUAUGAUUUCUACGAAAUUAUAAAGAU